AUGUAUGACAGCGGCCGGCACAAAUGGGACCCUGCGAGCUCUGCUGAGGACCCUGCAACACAAUCACUCUCCAGCCGGCACCGAGGGAUUCUCGGGGAGCCCAUCGGUGCCGUGACCCUCCGCCACUCACAACGUCCCCUGGAGAGAGAUUUAGUAAUUUGGAAACAAUCGGCUGGAACUCAUAGAGAAAAUCCUGAUGAAGUGGCAAGAGUGAUAAAAAUUAUUAUGAAAACUCAGAAUGCAGAUUGGGAUGAUAUACAAGUAAUAUUAGACACCCUAAUGGAUUCUACAGAGAAAGAAAUGGUACUUAAAGCAGCCAAGGAAAAGGCAAGGCAGGAUAUCAUAAACAGGCUUGUAAUGGGAACACUAGAUGAUAAUUUUCCAACCAAGGAUCCAGGGUGGGAUCCUAAUGUAUCUGGGCAUGUGCAGAGACUGAAGAAAUAUCAGGAGUGGGUGCAGAUAGGUGUUCAGCAUGCUGUACCUAAGACUAUAAAUUGGUCUAAAUUAUAUGAGAUAAGGCAGGAGAAGAAAGAAUCCCCUACUGUGUUUUUGGAAAGGCUUAAGGAAGCAGUGAGAAAAUACACAGAUCUCCAAAUAGAUGCACCACAAGCAAAGGUUCAGAUCGCUCUCAUUUUCCUGGGGCAGUCACAGGAUGACAUUAGGAGAAAACUGCAAAAACUAGAAGGGGAAGAAUUAAGAAAUCUGGACAAAUUGCUUGAAGUAGCUUGGAAAGUAUACAAUAACAGGGAAAAGGAAAUAAGUAAAAGGCAACAGCAAAACCUCUUGGUAGUAAUACAAGGGAAAGGAAACCCAGGCAUCAGAGGGAGGGGCAGGGGUGGCUGUGGACUGGGGAGGGGAGGUGGAUUUGGCAGGGGACAUGGGAGAACUGCUGUGCCAAAAUUAGGAUUUAACCAGUGUGCUUUUUGCAUGCAAGGUCACUGGGAGAAUGAGUGUCCAAACCAGUUUUACCAAGGCAACCAGCCAAGCCAGGAUCAAGAUACUGCAAAAUUAAUGGUGCUGGGGAAAUGCAGUAAUUGACUAAAUAUGGGAAAUACCAAGGAACCUUUUGUGACCAUACAGCUAGGUGAAAGAGUAGUAAAAUUCCUGGUGGAUACGGGUGCCAUGUAUUCUGUACUGAAUGAUUUGCAAAGACAAAUUGGGGACAAACAAACAACAGUAGUCAGGGCCACAGGGAAAGUGGAAAAUUGGCCAUUCCUACAACCCCUAGAUCUGUGUUUUGGAAAUAAGGUCCUGACGCAUUAAUUCCUGUAUGUGCCUGAGUGUCCAAUUCCCCUUUUAGGUAGAGAUUUAUUGGCAAAACUUGAUGCGGUGAUAACCUUUGAGAAUGUGGAGCUUUUAAUAUAAAUUCUUGAAAUACAAAAUUUUAGAAGAAUGUGAAUACACCUAUAUUUCUAGUGAGGAAACUCAGUGGUGAGUAUAGACUAUUGCAGGAUUUGAGAGCAAAAAAUGAAAUAACUAAGGACAUUUAUUCAGUGGUUGCCAAUCCUUACACAUUGUUAACAUCCAUGAAAGAGACAUAUAAAUGGUUUACAGUAAUUGAUCUAAAAGAUGCCUUUUUCUGCAUACCCCUUGACAAAGAAAGUAGGAACUUGUUUGCCUUUGAGUGGGAAAAUCCAGGAAAUGGAAGAAAGGCCCAGCUCACCUGGUUUCAAGAACAGUCCAACCCUAUUCAGAAACCAACUGGCAAAGGAGCUGGACACCUGGACGGCAAGAGGGCAAGUACCAAGAGAACAAUACCUGCUGCUACAGUAUGUUGAUGAUAUACUGAUAGCCACAGAGGAGAAAACAACCUGCAUAAAGGUAACAAUUGAGAUUUUAAAUUCACUGGGAAUGGGAGGAUAUAAGGUAUUUAAAGAAAAAGCACGAAUUGACCUACUGUGAUUUACCUGGGAUGUGAAAUCUCACAAGGGCAGCGAAAAUUUGGUACUAACCAUAUUCAAGCUAUUUGUGCCAUUCCAGAGCCCCAGAAUCGACAUAAGCUGCGAGUCUUCCUUGGGAUGACAGGGUGGUGCCACCUGUGGAUCAUUUACCUGGGGCAAACCACAGAGGGAGACUUUCCUCAAACUAAAGGAGGCCUUGACAACUGCUCUUGCAUUGGAGUUACCUGAUUUGUCCAAAGAUUUUCAGCUGUUUGUACAUGAAAGGAUGUGUCUGGCAUUGGGAGUCUUAACCCAACGUUUGGGAAGCUGGAAAAGGCCAGUGGGCUACUUUUCCAAACAACUUGACAACGUCAGUGCUGGAUGGCAUUCAUGUCUGCGGGCAGUCGCAGCCACUGUGAUCCUGAUACAAGAAGCCAGGAAGCUCACCAUGGGAAGGCACAUAGAUGUCUAUGUACCACAUAUGGUAACUACUGUGUUGGAACAGAAGGGGGGCCAUUGGCUCUCCCUGAGUUGAAUGAUUAAAUUCCAGGUAAUCUUAAUGGAGCAGGAUGAUGUAACAUUAAAAACAACUAACCUUUUGAACCCAGCCUUGUUCCUAGGUACAACAUCUGAAGAAAGCCCAUUGGAACACGAUUGCGUGGAAGUAAUAGAACACACCUGUGCAGCUUGAGCAGAUCUGAAAGAUGUCCCCCUAGAACAGCCAGACUGGGAGUUGUUCACAGACGGAAGCACUUUCAUGGAGAACGGAAUCAGACACGCUGGAUAUGCGGUAACAACAAUCAGUACAGUGAUAGAGGCAAAAGCAUUGCCACCAAAUACAUCUGCCCAGAAGGCAGAACUGGUUGUUUUAACCAGAGCAAUAGAAUUAAGUGAAGGGAAAAAGGUGAACAUAUGGACUGAUUCAAAAUAUGCAUUUGAAGUAGUGCAUGUGCAUGGGGCCCUAUGGAAAGAACAGGGCCCGCUUUCAUCUCAAGGGAUGCACAUUAAACAUCAAAAUGUAGUUCUGCAGCUGAUAAGAGCAGUACAAAAACCUGAACAAGUAGCAAUUAUGCACUGUAAGGCACACCAAUCAGGAAACUCCAAAAUUUAUGAGGGAAAUCAAAAGGCAGAUUGGACAGCUCAACAGGCUGCUCGAAAGGUGCAAACAGCAAUGGCAUUGGUCCCUUUAAAACUUAAUGUAUCUCAAUUCAAUUUACCUUCACAGCUGAAAUAUUCAGCAGAAAAUGAGAAACUGGGACAUUCGCUGAAUGCACGGAAGAAUCCAGAAGGGUGGUAGGUAACUGCACACGGACAGAUAGUGGUACCCCCCUUGGUAAUGAGAAAGGUUCUACAAAUUAAACAUAACAAAUGUCAUUGGGGUGCAGAGGCGUUGGUAAAGUUUCUAAAACGUUAUUUGGUCUCAGUACGAAUGUUAACAAUGGCAAAAUCAGUAAUGUCGAAGUGUGAGAUUUGCUUGAAAAAUAACCCAGUGGCUAAACGACAGGCACAACUAGGAAGGAUUUGGGUAGGGAUAGAACCAGGAGAUUAUUGGCAGGUAGAUUUUGUAGAACUACCAAGAACUAGAGGAUACAAAUAUUUGUUAGUAGGGGUUGAUACAUUUUCUGGAUGGCCAGAAGCCCUUCCCUGUCGCACGAACCAAGCAAAAGAAACAGUUAAGUGGUUACUACAAGAAAUCAUUCCCAGAUUCAGGGUGCCUCUAGAGAUAGCAUCAGAUAGGGGACCCCACUUCAUAGCCACAGUGGUUAAAAGAUGUAAGUAGGUUACUAGGAGUAACUUGGGACUUCCACACACCAUGGAGACCCCAGUCAAGUGGACAGGUGGAGAGGAUGAAUCAGACACUAAAAAGGCAGAUCAGUAAAAUAUGUUAAGAAGGCAAACUGCAGUGGCCACAGGCUUUACCAAUAGCAUUACUGAGAAUCUGGAUAAAGCCUAGGAGUGGGAUGUCAGUCAGUCCUUAUGAGAUAUUGUAUGGGAAACCAUAUGAAUCUCCUGGACCCAAUCCAAAUAUACAUGUCACGGGAAAACAGGAAGUAUAUAACCAUGUUCUGUCUCUCGGGAAAACUUUAGCGUGACUUCAGAGCAUCCUCAUGUAGAAUAGGCCACUGACUCUCGAGAAUCCAGUUCAUUACAUAAAUCCAGAAGACGAGGUGUACAUUAAGAAUUGGAAUGAAGAACUAUUGAAAGAAAAGUGGACUGGACCCCAUCAGGUACUACUGAUCACCUUUACAGCAGUCAAGGUAGCUGGAGUGGAUUCCUGCAUACACUACACUCGAGUGAAGAAAACCCAUCCCGAACUGCUGACUGUGUAAACUGUGGGACCAACAAAGCUGCAGAUAAGAUGUGUUUAAUUGUUUCAGGAAUGUUACCAGUAAUUGUACCAAUGCUUAUUUCAUGGUCUUUGGGAUGUGGAAUGCAAAAAGAUCAAUUAACCACUCUUCAUUCUAGAAUGAAGAGAGGGGUGCAGGCAGAAACACAGGUGAUAAAGGUUUCCAGUGCAAUUUGGGCUGAGAAUGUAAUGAUUGGAUUCGUUAAAAAUUUUGCCAAAAUGCAGAACACUAGCAGAAUAACUGCUUGUCUGCCAAUACCUAAGGCAGAGGGAGACCCAAUAAAUUGGGGAAUCAUAAUGACAUUACUAUCUGAAAUACAA